GCGUCAAAGCCGCUGCUUGGCUGGAUGCAAGGAUUUUCAGGAUGAGUUGUACAGAACGAGGCAGCUCAUGUAAACAGCAGCUAUGGAUGUGACGUUGCACUGAUCUGAUUAAGUAGACAAAUUGGAGCUUUUUCCCUGCGCAAGGGUAAUAUUUUAUUGCGUUCCUCCGCGCUGUUUGACAUUUUUUUUUUUUUUUGCACGAGCAAGCUGAGAGGCAGAUUUAAGCUAGGCUGCCACAUAGCCAGAAGCCACAUCAGCUGCAUUUAGCAAUCGGCGUAGCAUCAACAUAUUUCGGCAUGGCAGAGGGAAUCAUGAGCAAAGCAGCCACGAUGGAGAUUCCCAUUAACAGCAAUGGAGACACUGGGACACAGCCAGAAGAUGACAGUCUGGAGCAGGAUUUGCAGCAGGUGAUGGUGUCGGGGCCCAACCUGAAUGAAACCAGCAUCGUUUCAGGAGGUUAUGGGGGCCCAGCGGGGGGCAUCAUUCCAACCAGCACCAUCAAAGGGCCUGCCAUUCGUUUCAACCCCGAAUAUUUGGACAGAGGACGUGCCCCCGCGCCUGCACCAGACAUCCGCAUGAAAUCCCGGGCCGCUAGCUUGCCCACCAGCCAGCCGGCUGCCGGUCGACUGGCGCAGCACGGCAGCGAGCAGCUCUCAGGCUCCUCAAACCAUAACACCUGCAACGCGAUUGAGGAAGUAUCCCGUGGCGUGGCAGUGGAGAAGCUGGACAGUGUGAAGAAAUGGGGCAUCAACACGUAUAAGUGCACGAAGCAGAUGUUCCCGGAGCGCUUCGGCCGAGGCUCGCGGACGGUUGACCUGGAACUGGAGGCUCAGAUUGACUUGCUGAGAGACACCAAGAGCAAGUACGAGAACAUCCUCCGUCUGGCCACGGCGCUCACCAGCCACUUCCAGAGCAUGGUGCAAACACAGCAGGCUCUCGGUGACACCUUCACCGACCUCAGCCAGAAGUCACCCGAGCUGCAGGACGAGUUUGGGUAUAAUGCGGAAACUCAAAAGCUAUUGUGCAAGAACGGCGAAUCCCUGCUGGGCGCCAUCAACUUCUUUGUGUCCAGCAUCGACACUUUGGUCAACAAAACCAUGGAGGAUACCCUGAUGACUAUCAAGCACUAUGAAAAUGCAAGGUUGGAGUUUGACGCCUACCGGUCCGACUUGGAAGAGCUGAGUUUGGGCCCGAGGGACAGCGCCGCCAUGGUCCGCAUCGACAUGGCCCAGCACGACUACCAAGUGCACCGGGACAAAUACGAGCGGCUGCGCAGCGACGUCACCAUCAAGCUCAAGUUCUUGGAGGAGAACAAGGUGAAAGUGAUGCACAAGCAGCUGCUGCUGUUCCACAACGCCAUCUCGGCCUACUUCGCCGGCAACCAGCAGCAGCUGGAACAAACUCUGGUGCAGUUCAACGUCAAAUUGAAGCCGCCCGGCGCCGACAAGCCGUCCUGGCUGGAGGAACAGUGACAGGUGUUCACUGGCGGGGUCAACGCUGAAUAUUGAAAUGAGAAAAUAUGAAAUAGUGCUUUUUUUUUUUUCUUUUUUUUUAAUUCUCACUUGUUUACGGUACAAGUUUUAUUUAUAUACAUAUAUAUUGUUUAGCCACACACUAUUCUUUGAUGGUCCAUAUAUUUCCAUGUAUAUAACAAAAUGUAAAGUAUAGACUUUUUUGUGGACAUAGCUGUUGGGCAUUCUUUAUUUUUGUUGUCUUUUGAUAUUUUUUAGAACAGUAGAGAGAGUUUGGAAGUGAUCCGUGUGAUGUUGUGGAUAUCAUUUUGGUCCGAGCAAUACAGUGCAACGUUCCUCUUGAAAUUGCUUUGAUUCUUCGUUAUUAAUUUCAUCUGAAGAACCAAGGCCUGAAAAGGCAUCGAAAGUCUGCCUUUUUGGGGUCAUUUUCAGGGGUCCUUUCUCGACAAACGUUUGUCCAAUUGCUCCAAAAUUUGAUGUAUUUUGGACAGAAGGAUGACACGAAGUUAUGAGAAAUUCAAGUUUCGCUAAUUAUGUCUGGGCAGCCAAACUUUUAAUUUAUUCCGAUUGUGGUUCAAAGCGGCCAUUUUGUGUCAAUUUCGGACAUAUCCGGUGUUCCUUCCAAAACAAAUUUCCAGAGAGUUUGUUCUAUUGCCACGGAACGUGAACUAGGUGUCGUAGAAAAACGAACGUCACCGAAUUUUGCAAUUUGUAAGUCUUCAUCAUUAUAUUUGGGCAGAGCAUGUUUGACGAAUCACCAUCGCGGGACUCUUAAUGCCUCAACUUUUGCAAGGUCGCAAUUAACGUCUCCACGCCGCGCUCCGAAGCGUUUUCACAGGCAGAAACGUAUACACGCAAUAACCGCUUUAUAAUUUCUGUUCGCUUUGUGAUAGAGCUGCCUCAAUUGUCGUUUUACAAGAUGAGACGGAACGUGUAUAUAAUUUUAUGUAUAUAUUGAGUCAAUCUCUCUCGGCUAGUGUACAAUCUUUCAACUCCUGCUUUGGGUACCCGCUGAGCUAAAUUCAGCACCGUGACAACCGGGCUGUUUACAGGUUUUUGACAAUGCAUUUGAGGUUCCGAUUCAUUAAAUGCUUCGACCGAAAAUGAACAGUGGUCAUUGGUCAGUAUUUUGAGCGAAUGUGUUGUCAAAGAGUCCAUUCUCCUUUCGGUUGUGUUUCUGCUGUGUUGUCUACCGUAUGCAAGCAAGCGCGUUGUAUUUUCACGUCGUUGUCCUUGUUGUGGUGCACUCGCAAAUAAAGCUCUGCUGGAUGA